GACCCGGAAACUCCAGAUCAGAAACAUUCCUCCACACCUGCAGUGGGAGGUGCUGGAUGGUCUGCUGGCCCAAUAUGGAACCGUUGAGAACUGCGAACAAGUGAACACAGACAGUGAGACUGCGGUUGUCAACGUCACAUAUGGAACUCGGGAACAUGCCAGACAGGCUAUCCAGAAGCUGAACGGCUAUGAGUUUGAGAACAACUCCUUGCGCGUCUCCUACAUCCCAGAUGAGACGUCCGAUGUCGACUCCCAACGCGGCCCAGACAACAGUCGUCGCCCCGGUUACGGACCCCGCGGCCCACGUGGCGGUUCCCCGGGCUCGGGCAUGCCCUCAAAACACCACCACGCUGACAUCCCCCUCCGACUCCUGGUGCCCACCCAAUACGUGGGGGCCAUCAUCGGCAAGGAGGGUGCCACCAUCCGCAACAUCACCAAACAAACCCAGAGCAAAAUCGACGUCCAUCGCAAAGAGAAUGCCGGCGCAGCUGAGAAGCCAAUCAGCAUCCACUCCACCCCUGAGGGCUGCUCCUCUGCCUGCCGUAUGAUCCUGGACAUCAUGCAACAGGAGGCUAAGGACACCAAGACUGCUGAGGAAGUACCCCUGAAGAUCCUGGCUCACAAUAACUUUGUAGGCCGACUGAUCGGCAAGGAGGGGCGCAACCUGAAGAAAGUGGAGCAGGACACCGACACCAAGAUCACCAUCUCCCCACUGCAGGACCUGACCGUGUACAACCCAGAGAGGACCAUCACAGUGAAGGGACCCAUCGAGGCCUGUUGUCUGGCCGAGACAGAGAUCAUGAAGAAAGUGCGUGAGGCCUAUGACAAUGACAUGGCCGCCAUGAAUCAACAGACUCAUCUGAUUCCCGGACUGAACCUGGGAGCGCUUGGACUUUUCCCCCCUUCCAGUUCCAUGCCCCUUCCCCCACCAGGCAACUCUGCAUCCGGAGCCCCCUACGGCUCUUUUGGGGCCCCUGAGCAGGAGACAGUCCAUGUGUACAUCCCGGCCCAGGCGGUAGGAGCUAUCAUCGGCAAGAAGGGACAGCAUAUAAAACAGCUGAGCCGCUUCGCUGGAGCAUCAAUCAAGAUUGCCCCAGCUGAGGCUCCAGACUCCAAGAUGCGAAUGGUCAUCGUAACCGGCCCACCUGAGGCCCAGUUCAAGGCUCAGGGCAGGAUUUAUGGCAAACUGAAGGAGGAAAACUUCUUUGGGCCGAAGGAGGAAGUGAAGCUGGAGACGCACAUCAAGGUAGCUGCUGCCGCUGCCGGCCGAGUCAUCGGAAAAGGCGGAAAGACGGUGAAUGAGCUACAGAACCUCACUGCAGCUGAGGUGGUGGUCCCUCGCGAACAGACCCCAGACGAGAAUGACCAGGUUAUUGUCAAGAUCAUCGGCCACUUCUACGCAAGCCAGUUGGCCCAAAGGAAGAUCAGGGACAUUCUUACGCAGGUCAGGCAGCAGCAGAAGGGAGGUUUGGGGGAGCGCCAGGGGGAGCGCCAGGGGCCACACCCACAGGCCCUGUCUGAGAUGGGGUCCUCCCAGGGACUGGCACAGGAGCCCCGGCCCCAGAGAAAGUGACGCGGCAGAGGGACCUUACCGGACGGACAGACAGAAAAAACGGACGGAGGAUAGAUGAACGGACGGAUAAAAGAGAGCGACACACGGACCCAGCGAUAGACAGGGAGAGAUGCGAGUCAAACUGAGUCAGAGAGAGGAAACGCCUGAGAGAGGACAAAGUUUAGAGAGGAAAAAAAGAGAGAAAAAAUAAACUUAGAGAAAACAGACACCAGAUGCCAGGCCAGAGCGACUGACUGGGAAUGGUGGGUUGUUUAGAGGAGGUGGCAGGUAGAGGCCUCCUUGUGUGUUUCAGAGAGGGUCUCUCUCUCACACCAAUGGGGGGCAUUUGGUUCUCCUCAUAUGGAGAGUGACUACUCUCCCUGAUCACACUUGGAUGGGCCAGCCUACUUUAUACUAAACCCACACUGAACUCUUAACCAUCUCCAGCCAGUCCUAUAUUUUAAGGGUGGUUUUUUUUUAAAGAUAAAGAUAUAUGUAUAGAAAUGUUUAUUCAGAGGUAUUAUUAAUAGAAUGCAGUGAUCGGGAGCCGGGAGAUGGGGCGGGGAAGCCAUUGCGGUGGGGGGCAGGGUCAUGGAUCAGGUGACCCUUCGUCAGCCAAUGAAAGUUCAGCAGAGGGGCCGCAGUUGUUAACACUGCUCUUUGACUCCUUCAUAGAAAACUACGAAGAAAAAAAAGAAAAUAUGAGGUUGUAAAUAUAAUCUUCAUGAAAUGUAAUGAAAUGCUGCGCUCGAUCGCCUUGCCUUUUGGGGUCGCCUCAAGACUCAGGUCUGCCUCGUUUCCGAGGCACUGUUUGUUCCUGAGGUCUCGAUUGGAGUCUGGUGGUUGGAGCAGUGAGAGUUCAGUAAGUGCGUGGAGGCCGCAGCUAGUCCUGCAGUUCUAUUGCAGAGGCUUAGCUCCGAGACGCGGACGAGAACGACCGUAAACUAGCUAGCCAUGCUCGCUGGCGAGCGGCCCACGCCUAAAUGGCAUAUUUUAUAUAUAUUAUAUAUAUGAUAUGUGAGUUAACCCGGUCCCUCAGGGAGAAUGAAUUGAGGGCAAGGAUAAAUACUGUGGACAGUUGAGCCAGAUAUGUAGCAGUCCUGCAAUGACUGACAGACAAGAGGUCUUAUUUGAUUUUGCUCAUUUCCUUUUCAUGCUCAGACCCAAUCUAGACCCAAACCGGUUCUUUGGAACCCCCUGUGUGUUCUGGAUUUCGUUUUAUUGGAUCUACGAAAACGUCAAAAACUAAAUCCAUUGGUUAAUUUGAUACCAAGCAGGAUUGGUCUUUGAGGACCAAGACUACAUGGGUCAGGUGGGUUGAUCCACAGUCCUUGCCUCUAGAUGGAAAGGUAAUAACAGUUAGUGGGGAAUGGCUUCCUCUCUCUCUCCCCCUCCGCUGAAGGCCUGCCGGUGACGCUUCCAGACCCCACCUAAUGAAAGAGGGGUAGAAGCAUGGUUACUAGAAAAGAUUAGAUCAAAUGAAAUUAAAAAUAAAAACCUACCUCAGGGUAUUGUUACCUCAGUAUUCCUAACUUCUUUUUUUUGCUUGCUGGUGUUUUAUAUAAAGCUGAUAGUCCUGAAUAUUUUUUAUUUUUUUAAGGGAAAAAUAUUUUUUUUUAGGUUUUGUCUUGUUGCUUUGGUAAUUUUUUUCUGUUUUUUUGGUGUGACUUUUAUUUUGAAAAUCAGAAUGACCCAGAGGUGAUGCCCCAGAAGAGCAAAGUGAAAUUAGCCAACAAUGGCCAGGUGAUAGAGGACCAUGUCAUGUGUUGUCGUGCCUGCUUUGGGGGCAGCCUCUGGCUCUUGCUGAAGUAUGAUUGGAGCAUUCAGUCUUUAAAAUCAGAGUAUUGGCCAAUGGGGAAUGGCGCUGUUAGUCAAGAGGGUCUCUGGGCACAUGUUGGUCCAUACCACACCAUGGGUGUGGGUUAUGAUCAGGUCCCAGUAAUUAUGUUUUUGACAUGUUCAAAAGGUUAUUUAUGAUUAUAUAUGUUUGUCAUACAAGCUAUAAUUUGUUAUACUGCUGAACUAGAAUACUGACAACAUGACAGGCCAGGUUUUUGAGGCAGAACUCCCAUGAUAUGACUUUGACCACUGUGUAUCCGAGGCCCUCUUGUCUGUUUCAUGAUGACAUCAUCUUAAUGCGCAGAAUGUUUACUUACAUGUUGCAGUCCAUCUUUAGUGCUGUGCCAGAGAAAUGUUGAUGUAAGACUAAAGGGCGUUCAAUCUGUCCCCUUGCUCUGAAAACACUGAAUGUGAAUAUUUAUUAGCUCUGUGCACUGACCAAUAAGCCUCAGCCCUCCCCAUUUCUCAUGCUCUUGAUCUGUGAGUGUGAUUGCGUGUGGGUUUGGGUGUGUUAGUGUUUUUUUGUUUAUUGGUUUUAAGUGUUAAAUUUUUUGUGGGGGAAGUGGUGGGGUGUAAAAAAGCAGAAAAAAGUAGAAAGAUAACCUAUGGCCUCGGUUUGUCUUUCAAUAGACAGAGGGUAUUCAAUAACCUUUUAAAAAUGGGAGCAAAAAGCAAGGAAGUUGAAAAAUGCAUAAAAUAAAUAGAUUUAACCUGUUCAUAAGAUGUAAAAGGAAACCGAUAACCAGACUUUUGUAUUUUUGAAAUAACUAUGGGGAAAUAAAUCUUGAAAAAAUGAUGGAAAAGCC